GGGUGAUAGAGUCCUGUGGCUCUUCUGCUACUGUCAACCGCUCCACACGCGCUAUGAUGUCACAAGGCAAGGACGAGAACACCUGGACUAGUUCAGUCCUUACCAGGGCAGCUGACGAUCUAGCACGUCUUCCGUUGUAGGUCCUUGGGGGGUGAAACAUCUUAGACCCCAGCCUACGUCUGCUGGUUUUUAGUUGGUUUUGACUCGAAAUUAAAUAAAAUUCUACCAUGUUUGACUUCAAGUAAACUUAAAGCACUAUGACUCGGCAACGAAGAGAUGAAGAAUCCCGGAUUAUUUUCGGCGCCCGAGCCUCUAAUUGGAAUUCCGGAGUAAAUUUUGAGAACGCUCAGCCCCAGGACCAACCCACAGAAGUCAAGUCAGACGAUGGACUCUGGGCCUACAUUAGUCCUCUAACUCUGGCCAUAUUAUCCGCCUGCCUAGUGACCUUGAUCGUUCUAUGUGUUGUGGCCUUGGUCUGGUUCAAGGUCAGACGUCGACGACAGAAGCUACUCCGAGAUUUGACAUUUGAUGAAGGAUCCGAGGAAUCGAAGAGUACAAAGUCAGCUCCAACUUCCAGGACGCCAUCGCCCAAGUUGAACAAGCGGAUGUCAUGUCCCGAUGCCCUGACCCUCAAGACCGCGUGCGCCAAGGAGAUGUUGGCACGCUCUCUGACGUCAGACCGUAUCCCAGACUUCAUGUUGCCCCCGGAACGUGUUCAGCCUUACAGCCCGCACGAGAAGAAAACACAAAGCUUCAACUUUAGUACACACCAGAUGAGUGUUGCUUCCCUUGGGAGCAUCAAACCUGACCUAUAUCAUCACCAAAGUUUCUCCGAGGACGAUGAGCCCAACCUUCCAGAGACUAAAGAUGGCCGCUUGUGGUUCUCUAUGGUGUACGAUGCCACAGUGGAACAGCUGCACGUGACACUGAUUAAGGUCAAGGACUUACCAGGCCGAAGUAACAGCAGCCUACCACGUGAUCCAUUUGUUAAGAUCUAUCUUCUCCCAGAUGAAAGAACGUGCCGGUCGUCAAAGGUCAAGAAGAAAACGUUGAGCCCUGUUUUUAAUGAGACACACACGUUCCUGGUUGGACCAGAAGAAAUCAAGAAAAGAGUGCUUCGUUUUUCUGUUUAUGAUGUUGAUAGACGAAGGGUGAGGCAUUCCCUGGGUCAUGUGAUGAUCAACCUGAAAGGUCUUGACCUAACUAAAGGGGAUGUCAUGUGGAGUGACCUAGAACCAAUGGCCCAGGCAACUUCGUCUCUUGGAGAGCUCCAGUUUAGUCUAGUCUACAUUCCAGCCAAUGAGAAAAUUAAGAUUGGAAUUCAUAGAGCCAAAAAUUUAAACCAGAUGGAGGACUAUCCAGACACAGGAGCCUAUGUAAAAGUACAGCUGUAUUAUGGACACAAGUGUCACAGAGUGAAACGUACAAUUCCACGUCCCGGUGGGACAGAAAUAAUGUUCAAUGAAUCUUUGUCCUUCACUGUGAACGGAAAGCAAAUGGAUUCCUGCAACAUGGUGGUCUCUAUCAUGCUCACCUCUGCAAAGGCUUUCGGCAGCAAUGAUGUGGAGUACGGCCGCAUUGCUAUAGGAGCUUUUAUGUACUCACGAGGAGAGGAGCUUGUUCACUGGCAAGAAAUGAUCUCACAACCUAAAAUUAUCAGCACAAGAUGGCACUCAUUGUCCUCUGUACAUCCUCCACCUUGACCUCAAUCUUGUUUCACUAUCGACUUGAUCACAUCCACAUUUUUCUUUGAAGUUGUUUAAAAGGACAUUUUGUAUUUGGAGUUUUUUGUCCCUUUUUUGUUUCUUAUAAAAGACAUUAUCUUUUAUUAAAGACAUUUUCUUUUAUUAAAGACAUUUUCUUUUAAGGCUACAGACAUUCAUCAUGUAUAGCUCAUAGACAAGGGAAAAAAGUUUUAUAAUAAAACAUGCACACAUUUAAAUACAACAAAAAGCAAAACAUUGAGUUGAUUGAAUGUCCAUCAAAAAGAAAUAUCAUCUUUCACAAACUAAAGCUUUUUUUAAAUAUUUUUCCUUCCUAUCGGCUGGGUUUAAUUUGGUAAAUUUUUAUAAGUUCUCCUGAGAUGUUAUACACAUUUACCUUAUUUAAUGUAUAGUUUCAAACAAGUAAUCUGUAUUCCUUUUUUGCUAAGUUAAAAUGAGAUCCAAUAAUGGUGUUAAAAAUGGAGAUAAGUGUUGACUUUAAAAUAAAAUCUUUUUAAGCAUGAAAUUAAUUUUAACAGAAAAAAAUUCUGUAAUAACUCUUCUUUUGUAGUUUAACCAAUACCGUAUACCAGUUAACAUAUACUAAAAUGUAUUUUAUAGCAGCUAUCACUAGAUUUAUUUAAAUUGCUUAAAAGUUGAAAACUUAUUCAAAUAUUAAUUCUAAGUAGCUUGACAAAAUAUUAAAAUUGAUAUUUAAUUACAUUGACAAAACUUAGAUCAACAUUUUUUUUCUCUUUUGAUUCUGAGUUUUAAUUUUUGUUCUUCUGUUGAUAUUUGUUGCUGAACUUUAAAACGUUUUACAAGGAACAUAUCCGAGAAUAUUUUGUUUAGAUACAGACAUUUGUAAAAAGUUGUAAAUGUAAAUAUAUUUAUUAAAAUAUAUUUGUUUAAAGUUUGAUAUAAAGUGACAAUCGAGCCCUUUCAGUUCAACUUUCUUGUGUAAUGUACACAGUAAUUGAUUGGAAGGUCACAUCUACUUAAACUGUUUUGAACACUGUGUUCAGCUAUAUACAGAGUUGCAAAUUAGCAUCAAUUUGUGUCUACAAUCAAAUAUGACAGGGUCUAAGCAUUUAAAAAUUAUCUUUAAAUAUUUAUUGAACAAUUUCUUUGGAAAAUGAGUAUUAUUUUAACCCCUGGUAUCAGAAUAUUAUCUAGUAAACCUUGGGAAUGUCAUAAACUAGAAAAUAAAAUUGCGCUACUUUAUUUUUUCUUAUAAUGAUUAUAUUAAAAACCUGCCCUUGCCUCUCUAAAUUGCUGCCCUUGUAAUAAAUACCAUUGGUAAUUAGUUGUAGAAAUAGUUAAGUCUGGGUUUCCUCCCUCUUUGUUUUAUCACUAUUGAUUAUCAAACUGAUUAAUUUAUCUUUUAUAUGUUUUUUAUCGUAAAAAAAAUGUUAAUACCUAAGUUUUUUAAGUUAACAUUUGACCUGGGGGACUUGGACUCACUCUCACAACCUUUUCAAACAGUACAUCUUAGUUCCUUCAGAUAAAUAGUAAAAAAAACUAGACUAUAUUUAACAAAGAUAUCUAUCAAAUGUCACAGAACUAGAUCUAUGUAGUUAAUGUUUCUGCCCAAACCUCCUGCAAAAUGGUGGGGGAUGGCAGUGGGCAGGGUUUGAACCAGGAACCAUCAAGACAACAUUCCAGAGUGCAUGCCACGCAGCCAGGCAGCUUACAAAUUCUGAUAUGGCUUUUUACGUGUAUACAAGUUUUUAUUUCAGAAAUGGUUACUGUUAUCGAAACUUAUGCAUAAAUACCAUGAAUGAAAAGUUAUGAAUUUUUAUUAAAAAAAAACAACUACUUUGGCUACUUCGUAUUGUAUAGAACUGAAGUAGCUCUGUUACUGUUGAUACAUUGAAACUAAUCUUGCCAUAGGUACAGAUUUGGUUGCUUUUGUUACCAAGCCAAAAUACUUCUAUGAUGUAAAUACAUAUUUAGAUCCAUGAAUCAUCAGCAUCUAGUUAAAGAUAUUGGGUUUGAUCAAUGCUUUAGUGAUUUCAAAAUAUUUUUGACAAAAAUGUUGUGACUUUAAUCCCAGAUGUUAUUGGUUAAUAGUUUCCUUUUUAAAAAAUCUUGUUUCAUUGUAAUCUAGAAUAAGUAUUUUUUAAUCAAUUUUUUUUUCAAUUUGUAUUUUUGUCUUUUUUUUUAAACUUAGAAAACACUAGACAUGUGAUGUUCUAAUAUGAUAAAAUAAGAAUGAGAAAAAUGUAUUAAGCAAGCCACAUUUAGGAUUGGUUCUCUCAUCAUAUUUUAAUUUAAUGUUAAUUUUCUCUUAAUUUCAAUGUUGUUUCAAUUGGUGGCUGUGAAAUAUUAAAUCUGUUGUCAUGGUUACUUUGUUGUGAACUUUAACAUUCUGUCUAGUGGCUUGUAAACUUAUCUUGUGCCUUUAACCAAUCAUUUAAAGGCCUUUAAUUACAUAACUGUUUUUUUGUGUGUGUGGCAAUGAAAAUGUUCCAGAAGUUGCUCUACAUUUUAUUGUGAACUAAAUAAAACAAAAUCUCAA